CUCCAGUUUCCUCUCGGAAGUAACUUCGGGACCAUCCGCUUGGAACCAGCCCCUCUUCUUGGGACCAGCGAACACUUUUAUUCGGCGUGUGGUGACCUCCAAACCGACGCAGCAUGAGCUCUCAAAUCCGUCAGAAUUAUUCCGCCGACGCUGAGGCCGGCGUCAACCGUCUGGUCAACCUGCACCUGCGGGCCUCUUACACCUACCUCUCUCUGGGCUGCUCUUUCGACCGCGACGACGUGGCCUUGGAAGGCGUGGGGCACUUCUUCCGCGAGCUGGCGAAGGAGAAGCGCGAGGGGGCCGAGCGUCUCUUGAAGCUGCAGAACCAGCGCGGCGGCCGCGCCCUCUUCCAGGAUGCCCUCAACAUUCCUUAA